UAUACAAGUUCACUUAUGAUAUAAAAAUUUAAUAAUAUAAUAAAGCAUUCACGUAUUUAUUUCAACUCACCAUAGAAAACAAGACAAUACAUAUAUUUAUAUAACUAUGUUGAAUAUGAUUUCAAAUAAUUUAAAUUGUAUUAUGAAAAACGCUUUAGAUCAAAUAUCAAUUAUAUUAAGGGAAGAACUAAAAUUCGACGAAAAAGUAGACUCGUGGCCAUUGAUGAAGACACCUUGGCCAAUUUUUUCCAUUCUUUUAAUAUAUGCACUGAUUGUGUUAAAAAUUGGUCCUAAGUUAAUGGAAAAUCGAAAACCAUUCAACUUGAAAUCUGUUAUGGUAGCUUAUAACCUUUUACAAGCUUUGUACAAUUGUUAUUUGAUCUCUGGAGUGUUUACAGUUCCUAAAGUAAUACCACAUAUUGUAUAUUAUUCAUGUCAUCCUGUUAUAUCCGAGAAUUAUGAACUAAUUACGCAAAAAUUUUACUUAUUUACGUGGCAUUUUAUUAUAACGAAGAUAUUUGAUUUAUCAGAUACUGUAUUUUUUGUUUUGAGGAAAAAACAAUCUCAUAUUUCUUUUUUACAUGUUUAUCAUCAUAUGAAUAUGGUUAUAACAUCUUGGAUAUUUUUGCGAUACAUUAAAGCUCAUAACGGAAUAUUUUGUGGACUUCUCAACUCGUUUGUCCACGUAGUAAUGUACAGUUAUUACUUUUUAGCAGCUUUAGGGCCACUCAUUCAAAAAUAUUUAUGGUGGAAAAUAUAUAUUACUCGUCUACAAAUAAUUCAAUUUAUAAUUGGAUUACUCUACAUGGCAUAUUUAGUGAUAAACAAUUGUACUUUUCCAAAAAUAUUUUCGUUUUACAUGACAGUUGAUGUUUUAUUAUUUUUGUAUUUAUUUUUGAAAUUUUACAAAAAAACUUACAGUGAAAAAACUAAAGAUCAAUAAAUUUACAAUACUGAACUCACAGUAACCAUUUGAUACUAAUUUAAGCCUUCCAAAGUAAUUUAAUAUAACCUUAUAUCAAGUCACACAUUAAAAUUAGAACUCAUGCUCGAAACAAUAAAUAAAACUACAUUAAAGAAAAAAAUUAUACAAAAUUAAUAUUUUUAUUCCUUAACAAAAACUUAAAUUUAAAAAUAUUUAGUAGUAUUUAUAGUAUCAAAUUCAUAUUAAUUUUGUAAAGAAAGAUGUAUAACAUAUUGAAAAAUUGAUAGAAUAAAAUA